AUGCCUCAGCACCAGCCGCAGUCGCCUUACACGACCGCCUCGCACCUCGACUACGCUCCGCGCGGCCGCAAGCGCUCCCGCGAGUACGAGCUGCGACUCGACCUUCAGGGCCUUCAUGGACUCUCCGGCGACGAAGGGCCGGGCGAAGUGCCCGUCUCUUUGACUCCGCACGGCUAUCACAGUCAUGGCGCCUCGAUGCACUACCAGACGGCUCCUGGUCCGCCUCCGCACCACCUGCCUCUGCCGCCGCCACCGCAGCAACACCAUCACCAUCGGCUGCCAAACCAGGCGCCUCCGCACAAGCUGCACCGUGGCAGCUAUGGAGAGCCCUCGCCGCCACUGACGUCUCACGGCCCGCCCAGCGUCGUGGGCCAGGAGGGCAUGCCGGCGCCCGCGCCUCGGCCUCGUGGACCAAAGCUCAAAUUCACGCCCGAGGACGACCAGCUGCUGGUGGACCUGAAGGAAAAGAAAAACCUCACGUGGAAGCAAAUUGCAGAAUUUUUCCCUGGCAGAAGCUCGGGAACCCUGCAGGUCAGGUACUGCACUAAGUUGAAGGCGAAGACGACAGUCUGGACGGACGAGAUGGUGCAAAAAUUGCGCAACGCGAUUCAGGAGUACGAGAACGACAAGUGGCGCAUCAUCUCGGCCAAGGUUGGCAGUGGCUUCUCGCCUGCAGCCUGCCGCGACAAGGUCGCUGAAUUAUCGGGCGAGGCCAUCUUACCAGACGACGCCGAGGAUGUCAGCUUUUCCCAUGCGGAGAUGAUUCCCAGCAGCUCGAGCGACCCGGGGGUACCCUUCCAAUAA